GCAAUGAACCGGUCUUCCUGUAGUCAAUCAGUGCUUUCCUCGAGCUGCAGGCAUCUAUCUCAAGAUGCCAGACCAGCUGCCAGAGUCCAUGUUAGACUCCGACAUCACAUUCACCCAUUCCUCCUUCUCCUCCCUUGACGCUCGUAUUCUUCGAGCAUUGGCCGAUCUAUCCUUCACCCACCCAACACUUGUCCAAGCCAAAGCUAUACCUUUGCUCCUUGAAGGCAAGGAUGUCUUGGCAAAAGCAAAGACAGGCUCAGGCAAGACAGCCGCAUACGCCGUCCCAGCGGUCCAAAAGGUGCUCUCAAUCAAGAGCACUAUGAACCCAUCUGAACCUGGCUGGCAAUCUACCCGAGCUAUCAUCAUGGUCCCCACGAAAGAGCUCGGCAUACAAGUGACUUCAUUUCUGAAAAAGUUGACAGUCUACUGUGAAGGCCUGGUGGGAAUCUGCAACGCUACAUCUCCUUCAGCUUCAGUGCAACGCGUCUUGCUCAAUGACAAUCCCGACAUCGUCAUCUGCACGCCGUCCCGACUGAUCCAACUGUUGCAUUCCUCUUCCGUCUCACUUCAAUCCCUUGUUUUCCUCGCCAUCGACGAGGCGGACCUCCUGUUGUCAUACGGCCACAAAGACGAUCUCGUCAGAAUUAUGGAUCCGACCAAUAAGUGGGUCCCAAAGCUGGGAAUGCAGGCCUGUCUCAUGAGUGCAACGUUGGGCGAAGAGAUGGAUGUUCUGAAAGGGUUGAUUUUGCGAAACCCCGCAAUCUUGACACUCAGCGAACCCACGUCAUCCGACCUUCUCACGCAAUAUUUCACGCACACAUCUGAAAGGGACAAGUUCCUGCUCAUAUACGUUCUUCUCAAGCUCAAGUUGAUACGCGGACGAUCCAUCGUCUUUGUCAACGAUGUGGACCGUGGGUAUCGUGUCAAGCUAUUCCUGGAACAAUUCGGAGUCAAAGCGUGUGUCGUGAAUUCAGAACUCCCCUUGGCUUCUCGAUAUCAUGUCGUUGAAGAGUUCAACCGUGGGGUGUACGACGUCGUUGUGGCCACGGAUGAGGGCACUGGAACCGAUCCCGAGCCUGUGGAGAACGCAGAGGUAGAGGACGAAACAGAGCAGGGUGCUCAGGAAACCGAGAUAGCCGCAGAGGAUGUCAAGGAGGAGGCCCCUGCAGAAAGUAGUACACAAUCGCGCCCUUCUUCCAAGCGUCUGGGCAAGCGCCGGCGCCAGGACCCCGCGUCGUCAAUGGCUCGCGGCAUCGACUUUACAUCCGCCUCUUCGGUCAUCAAUUUCGAUCUCCCGACUUCCUCCACAUCUUACAUGCACCGUGUCGGCCGGACAGCCAGAGCCGGACACUCCGGAUUGGCGCUGUCGUUCAUCGUCCCUCGAGACAAGUGGGGAAAAGAUAAAAACGUCUCGUUGCCAAGUGCGAAAGACGAUGAACAGGUUUGGGAGCGUAUACAAGCUAGGAUGAAGAAGGAGCAUGGGAGCGAAAUGAAAGAUUGGGAUUGGUCAGGGAAAAAAAGUGAGAUUGAAGGGUUCAGGUACAGGAUGGAGGAUGGUCUGAGGGCUGUGACGGGCAAACGAGUGGCAGAGGCCCGGCGCGAGGAAGUCAAACGAGAAUUGCUCAAUAAUGAGAAGCUCAAGGCCCACUUUGCUGCCAACCCGCUUGAUCUGGCAUACCUUCGACACGAUGCCCCAUUGCAUCCCGCAAGAUCUCAGCCGCAUCUCAAACAUGUCCCUGCAUACCUUCAACCAAAAAUAUCCGGCAUCCCACGACCCGUCGUUGGAGGUGAUGUUCGAGAUGGUGAUCAUAUUCAUUUCAACAAACGCGGGAGAGGUAACGGUGGAGGAAGAGGUGGACGGGGCAGGGGCGGAAACCGAGGUGGAUCACGCAAGACUGAUCCCUUGAAGUUUAAGCGAUAGCAAGAGCCUAUUGCCUGUUCGCAUGCAUUCAGGAGUGCAUGAUCAUUGGGAUUUCCAAGGUAUAUCCGUAUAUCAUGAUCCGGUAUGGUAGGUUGGCUGCUGUUGUUGUUAUUAUUAAAUUUUUGGGAAGGCGUGAGAAUCCGGACGCCGGUGGGCCGGUGGGUGUGGUGGCACCCGAUUGCUCGAAAGUAACGGGAAAAAUGGGCCGACGGGCGGUUCGAGAGGGCCUGGAUCUGCACGAGUCCGUGUAGGAGAUAGCGCGCGAAUGAGAGAGCUCUUCUCAAGAGUAGUUGGUCAUCAGUCAUUUGGCCCAACCACUUGGGUGAGUACCCCAAGCCACGAGAGAGAGAGAGAGACAGAGC